UGAAUUAAUAACAGUGUGCAAACAGCUGGGGAUCAGUCACAGUUGCAGAACGCUUGUUGAAGAAAAUGCAUCUUUUGCUUGAGAUUCCUUUGUUUUUCCUUAUAAUCCUCUACUCCUAUUUAGAGGCUUUUGUCAAGCUUUUCAUUCCUGUGAAGGAAAAGAGUGUCAGCGGACAGAUUGUUCUGAUCACUGGAUCCGGGCACGGACUUGGGAGAGCUGCUGCUUAUGAAUUUGCGAGGCGUCAGUGCAAUUUAGUUCUGUGGGAUAUCAACAAGCAUGGUGUUGAACAAACGGCUGAAGAAUGCAGAAGACUGGGAGCCCCAGCACAUGCAUUCGUGGUGGACUGUAGCAAGAAAGAAGAUAUCUACAGCACUGCAGAGAAGGUGAAAGGAGAGAUUGGCGAUGUGGAUAUCUUGAUGAACAACGCUGGGGUGAUAGCCCCAACGGAUGUGCUGUCGACUGAGGACCAUGAGAUUCAAAAAAUGUUUGAAGUCAACAUUCUUGCUCACUACUGGACCACAAAAGCGUUCCUGCCAACAAUGAUGAAGAAUAACCAUGGCCAUAUUAUCACCGUGGCUUCUGCUGGAGGCCACAUAGUGGCUCCUUUUCUUGUGGCUUAUUGCUCAUCCAAAUUUGCUGCUGUCGGGUUUCAUAGAGCUCUGACAGAAGAGUUGUCUGCAUUGAGGAAGAAUGGGGUCAAAACGUCAUGCAUCUGUCCUAUGUUUAUAAAUACUGACUUUGUCAAAAAUCCUUCUUCAAGAUUAAUGCCCGCUUUGGAGCCUGAAGAAGUUGCAAAGCAAUCAAUCAAGGGAAUACUAACCAACAAGAGAAUGAUUUUCAUCCCACCAUUCCUGAAAGUCAGUGUAAUGCUGGAUAGGUUUCUUCCAGUUCGUGGAGCUGCAGCUUUGUGGAGGCUGAAUGAACUUAAAUUUGAUUUUACCAUUGGAUACAAGGAUAAAGAAAACUAAGGAAAUGGGAUUCUUGUUUUCGUUCAUUAUUAACUCUUUCCAUUAAGAAACCUGUAGGAAGUAGCUCCAUGAACAUAUCAAUAUAUAGAUGGAAUGGUGAACACGACUUUUCUUGCAGUUGCAAUAAUGUCCUAUCUCUUACUCAAGAAUUGUGGAAUCCACACUUAGUUUCAUCCCUCUCUUAACAAAGAAAUUGCAGUCUUUUACUUUAUGAAAUGAAUGAAGUCCCUAAUCUGAUUCUCUCAGGGAGAAAUGCAGGAUGUCACUGAACAGUGGCUGAGGGUUCCCCUUCUACAAUUUUCCCCUUGAAGUAUUAAAUAACUCAACAAAUCCCAAAGAUAUAAUGUUAGAGGGAGAUAGGGAGGUAUGCCUCCCUCAUAUUAUAGAUUGGAAACUGUGGUAGAAGGACAUUAGGAUCAAACUUCAUGCUACGUUAAUAACAUCUGGUUGCCUUCAUUUUUUCACUCAUGUGAUCCUUUGUUUUGUGCCUGUAAAAUGCGUGAUGUUUCAUUCGUGCUUGCAAUUGAUUUAAUGUUCUCCGCUGAGUGUCCAGGCACAGAUCUCACGUAGUGUGCCUGGCUGAUGUUAACAACAACAAUAAUAAUAAUAAUAAUAUUUUAUUUGUUAGUCGCCCAUCUGUCCGACUUAACGGACACUCUGGGCGACUUACACAAUAUAAAAUACAAUAUAAAACAUAUGCAUACAACAAUCAUAAUAUUAACAUCAGUUCAUCUAAACCAUCCUUCAAUAAUACAGCAUAAUAGCAACCCACCCCAGAGAUCCCAUAGGCCUGCCUGAAUAGCCAGGUCUUUAAGGCUCGGCGAAAAGCCAUCAGGGAGGAGGCAUGUCGAAGGUCAAAUGGAAGCAAGUUCCAGAGGGUGGGGGCCACGAUCGAAAAAGCCCUCUCUCUGGUCCGCACCAGACUAGCUGUUUUUACCGGUGGGACCGAGAGAAGGUCUUGUGAGGCUGAUCUUGUUUGGCGGCAUAUUUGGUGAUACUGGAGGCGUUCCUUCAGAUAAGCUGGGCCAAAACAACAUCUGGAUGACGUCUCUCCUAUCAAAGCUUUUGAAGCCAACCUUUGCCACUAGUAUUUCUAUUUGCAUUACAUCACUUGUUCCUCUUCUAGCAAUUAGUGCCUUUGUCAGUGAAUAAAUAAGAACGUAAGAGCCUGCUGGAUCAGGUCAAUGGCCCAUCCAAUCCAGUAUCCUGUUGUCAGAGUGGCCAACCAGAUGCCCAUGGGAAGCCCACAAGCAGGACCUGAGUGCAAAGAGUGGUUUCCAGCAAUUGGUAUUUGGAAGCAUACUGCCUCUGCCUAUGGAGGCAGUGUACAGCCAUUAUGGCUGGUAGCCAUCGACUGCCUUUUCCUCCAUGAAUUUGUCUAAUCCUCUUUCAAAGCCAUCCAAGUUGGUGGCCAUCAGUGUCUCUUCUGGGAGUGAAUUCCAUAGCUUAAAAAGCAUUGCCUGAAGAAGUAGUUUCUUUUGUCUGUCCUGAAUCUUCUAACAUUCAGCUUCAUUGAAUGUCCAGUGUUCUAGUGUUAUGAGGGAGAAAAACUUUUCUGUAUCCCCUUUCUUCUUGCCACACAUAAUUUUAUACACUUCUAUCAUGUUGCCUCUUACUCGCUUUUUCUCUAAACAAAAAGCCCCAAAUACUGUAACCUUUCCCCAUAAGGCAGUCACUUCAUCCACUUGAUAAUUUUGGUUACUCUUUUCUGAACCUUUUCCAAUUCUAUAAUAUCCAUUUUGAGGUGAGGCGACCAGAACUGUACACAGUAUUCAAAAUGCGGUAGCACCAUAGAUUUAUAUAACGGCAUUAUGAUAUCAGCAGUUUUAUUUUUAAUACCUUUCCAUAUGAUCCCUAGCAUGGAAUUUGCUUUUUUCAUAGCUGCCCCAACACUGGGUUGACAUCAUCAUCGAGCUAUCCACUACGACCCCAAGGUCUUGUUCCUGAUCAGUCAUUGACAGUUCAGACCCCAUGAAUGUAUAUGUGAAAUUAAGAUUUUUUGCUCCAGUACUUUCUGCUUCCUACAUACACUUCAUUCACUGAUCCCAGAGACCUUGAGCUGACCUGGAAAAUCCUACAGGUAUAGAUUUGCUGUUGAUGGUCCUGACAUUGACUCCAAAAAGCAGAUCAAUGUUUCUUUUGUGAACUCUGCCGCAGGUACAAGAGAACAGACUGAGUAAAAGAGAUGUCUCAGGCAUGAACUAGCUCUGAAACUGUACUAAGACCUGUAAGAGGGGCAAGUAAGCUUUGGCCCUCUAGAUGUUGUUGGACACCCAAUUCCCAUGAGGCCUAGUCAGCAUGACCAACAGUUAGGGAUGAUGGGACCUGGAGCCUAACAUCAUCUGGAGGGUGACCAACAGAAGUUUCCCCAAUGACAAACAAGAUCUUCUUGUGUAUGAAGACAAUACUGCCCUGGCAGGUUUUUUUUAAAAAUUAAGAGACACAUGAUGGUAUUGUGUCAUGGCCACAUAGCACUGCUAUUUGGAGCUGUCACUGACAUUUGAAUUCCUUGGCUUAGAAUGCAAAACAGUGUUUUGUUAUAUGAGUGUCAUACAAGGCAAGCCUUAUUCUCUGACUUGGAUUUUAAUUUAAGCCAAAGAAAAACUCAUUUGUUACUUUCCACCCACCCACUCCCUCCAACCACCCUCUUGCCCACCUGCUUAAUUUGCUGUUGAUCUGAUUGUGGUGGUGAGGGAAGGAGGGAGGUCUUUCUGUUUGCCACCUCCAUCACUGGUGCCUGUUGCUGCUGUGGCAGUGUGCCAGGUGCCAGGGCAACUGGGAAAAGUGCAUUGAAAAAUCAGUGGGCUUAACUACGCCUGGAGGGGAGAACCACCUGAGAGCAAUAUGUGCCAUUUUGGGUUCUGUGAUGGACGAAAGCAAAAGCGGCUCAUCUGGUAGGAUGGAGAAAACACAGCAAUAGCCACCUAGGUGUGGUGUUGCUGCCACCUACUGGGAGGAGGGGAGGCAAGGGGGCAGCAAGGAGGAGCCACAUGGGGGCACCCAGUGGGAUUGGCUGUCAGUGCAUCAGUGCCGCCCCAGCCUUACCACCUUUCCUCCUUGUAAGCAGCAGCAAUGCCACUUCUGGGAGGUUAUUACUAUGACUCUGCCCCACUGGGUGAGCUGCUCCUGGAAGAAAGGUGGGAAAUAAAUGUAAGGAAAGGAGGAAAGUACAUGACUAUGGCCUAUUUGUAUAUCAGUAAGUAAUAUGCUUUUUAUGAUAUUGUACUUUUAAUACAUAUUUGAGAUGAAAAGUUCAUAGGAUUCCAUUUGUAGGUUACUGACAAGGCGUUAUGCAUCACACCUCUGAAGAACUGAUCCCAAUAUACACCCUGAGUGAAGGCAUUUAUUAAUUUAACGUUCUUUUCCUUCAUGUCUAACAGUUGCAUCAAAUUUUACUUUAAUGGCCUUGUCCAAAGCCACCAAGGCACGCUCUGGUAGAAUUCUGUAAGGAAGAGAGAGAGAUAUCAAAUUAUAACCAUCUCAAAAGCUCAGAAUCUGUUAAGACUUGACUUGGUUGCUUGUCUUUCAUUUUGACCAAGGCGUAUUUUUAUUCUAAAUAACAACUCAAAAAUCCAUCACACCAUUCCUAAGUGAACCACACCUACCUUUCCAGCAGAAGGCUGCACUUCACAAACGGUGGAAGAAAAAUCAUUUUUUGGUUGCAAAGUAUUCCAUCGAUGAGUUUAUUUGCAACUUUGUCAGGCUCCAGAACAGGCACCAGGCUGGAGUUAAAUGAAAACGCUCAUUGAAGUAUUGUUGACAGAACCAGCCAUUGUGGGAACAUGGCUGCUGAAGCUUAGCUCUAACAACAUAGUUGUAAUAAAUUGCCAGAAUGCUUGUUAAAUAUUUUUAACUUACUUCAAUCCUUCAAUUUUUUUUAAAGAAGGAACUGACACUUUCCUUUGGGGCUAAGCCAUGAAACGAAUUACAUGUGCCCAAAGAGGGAUGUAGACCGCAAUACUAGCUCUCUAGGCCUCUGUAUUCAGCCCCUGAGACUCCGCUCCAGCCACCUUCUCCUCCCCACCAUUCUCCUCAUUGACCCUACUUUGCUCUCUCCUUGAAUGUUUUUGCUUGGUUGGAAUGUGUCCCUGAACUAUAAUAAUGGGCAGCAUUCAACUAAUGCAAUCCAUCAGCACAAGGAUAUCCACUUGUACAACAUGGCUCCCCUCUUCCUCUCUGUCAUGGGCCUCGUGGAGAAUUCUUGGCAGAACUGGUCUGGGGAGGAGAUCUGGGACCCGGGGAAGGGGCCCAGUGAUCUAGGAGUGUUGGGUGAGGAAGUUGGGGAAGGGCCGAGUGAUCUGCUGACUGACAGACCUUGCCUCGAGCUGUCGGCCAAUGGAGAUGAAGGGGUUGAACUAUCAGUCCAUCCCCUUGCGCAGCCUCCAGCAGCCAUUUCACCACCAAGCCAGUCUCCUGUUGUCAACCCACCCCAAGCCCAGGAAGGGUGCUGGAGGUGGAACCGGGAUAUGAUAUGGCUGAGUUGUCUCCGCCUCCAUCAUCACAGACCUGCUGUCAGAUGCGCAGGCACGAACAGGCUGAGCCCGCUAACCAGCCUACCUGUAGGAAUGGUGGCUUGGGAAUGGGUAAGCAAGCGAAGAGACAAGUUAUAGGCAAGUAGCCGUGCCCACCCUAUCAUUUAUAAGGGAAACCCAGGGGGCAUGUCAAGUGUUGCAGCAACAUCUUUGCUUGUGUAGCCAUGCUGCAUAGUGCCUUGCAUUGAUCUCAACCCUAUGUGCGCUGUAUUCUGAUCUGUGUUCCAAAUCCUGUGCUAGCCUGUGGAUUAAAGACAUUGGCAAUAAUUGAGCUGAAAGGCCCAACUCCAAAUCUGUCCGUGGGAGCUAGGACGCUCCCCCUGCAUGCACUCUGCACUCUCCCCAAAUCUGCUCUGGAGGGUUUGGGGAACCCCUAAAACAGAUUUAGAGGGUGUGCAGGUAGGGAAGUCCCGGUGCAUGUGUGGAAACCCUUCUGCUAAUACUACUGAGACUUAGCUCUACUUUGGAUCCAAUCUAAUCUCUCUUGCUCAACGGGAUGGAGUGAUAUGUAUAGGUGAGUGUGCAUGUGUAGAAAUCCCUGCUUUUGCCCCUUUUCCACCCCUGCCUUACAUGCUUACCUGGGAGUAAGCCCCACUGAAUUUAGUGGGGCUUAUUUCUGGCCCUGGGUAGACAUGCACAGGGCUGUGCUAUUAGACACAUCUUUCUUGAGCAGGAGCAGCUGUUUCAAAAGGGGAAUUUCAAAAAGGAGUUUCAAACUGAGUUGACAAGACGAUACAAGAGCCUUCUCAUCACGUACCUUGAACUUGGAUGUUUUAUAAAGCCGGUGUUGAUAAAAACUGGACAAAGGCAUGACGUUUUGAUCCCAUUCUUUCCCAAAGCAGACAGUUCUUGAGUGAGACUUUUAUGAAACCCAACAGCAGCAAACUUGCUUGAAC